AUGGCAUACUCCGUGGCUGGUCCAGUUUUGCUUCGUCUGCUCAAAGAUUCAAGAAGAGGCUUGUUUAUUUUCUUGGCUUUUGGGACCUCGUUAUUCAUUUUCUUUUCCAUAUCUUCUACCUUGAAACUUCAUAAUGUUCCGGGGAAAACCCGGCUUCGUGUGAAUCCACCUCUCGAGUUUUCGAUACUUAAUCCAGAACCUGUGCAUACACCAGUGGUUGAAAGAGUUUCACUCAAGGAACAGACAAACGGUUCGGCUCUUGACGAUUUUAAGGAACCAGAAGAAGUUAGUAAACCAGUGGGAAAUAUGAGCAAGGGUAAUGUCGAUGAUUUUCAGUGGCCUAAUGAAAUACCGAAAGUCUGGUCGAGCGUGGACUAUGAACCUAGUGGCAACUAUGCAAGUGAAAGUUAUUUCAAGAAAUCUUUAUUCAAAAGCCAUUUCAUAACAAAUGAUCCUUCAAAAACAGACAUUUUCUACAUGCCAUUUUCAAUAGCAGGAUUGAGACAUGACAAGAGAGUUGGUGUUAGAGGGAUUAAGAAAUUCAUCAAAAACUAUGUUGACAACAUUAGUGUUAAGUAUCCUUAUUGGAAUCGAAGUGGGGGCGCAGAUCAUUUUUAUGUAGCUUGUCAUUCUGUGGGGAGAACAGCCAUGGAAGAAGCAGUCGAAGUGAAACUGAAUGCAAUACAAGUUUGUUCUUCGAGUUAUUUUCUUGCGGGGUAUGUUGCUCAUAAAGAUGCAUCCAUUCCACAGAUUUGGCGAAGGAAAGGAGAACCCCCAAUUCGUGCACCAUCUUAA